AUGGCUGUUCUUGCCGUGUCUCAUGAAACAUCACGACCACUGAAGGACCUCCCGGAAGUUGAGAGAGUGAAGCUUCUCGCAGCAAAACUGAGAGACAGUUUGAAAGAAUCUACAGUGUUGACACCGGAUUCGGAAGGAUAUGCAAAAAGCAUUCAAAGAUGGAGUGAUGCAGUUGAAAUGCAAGCUGAAUACUCCGUGUCUUUCGCGGUAUGCGGUGGCAAACAUUCGUCCAGUGGAGCAUCUUCCAGCACCGGCGGACUGGUUAUCGACCGUGGAAAGAUGCGCGCGGUAAAGGUUGACACUGAGAACAACAUUGUCAAAGCUCAAGGCGGGUGCAUUUGGGAGGAUGUAGACCACGCUGCCGCCGAAUACGGUCUAGCUAUGGUCGGCGGUACAAUAAACCACACAGAGACAAGAACCCUUGGCGGUGGAUAUGGCUGGUUGAGUGGACGGUAUGGUCUCACCAUCGAUCUCCUGUUAUCCGUGCAAAUGGUGCUUGCGGAUGGCACGACUGUGACGGUCUCGAAAGAUGAGCACCCCGACCUCUUUUGGGCGGUGCGUGGGGCAGGCCACUGCUUCGGCGUUGCAGUGGAAUUCACAUUCCAGGCCUAUCCACAGAAAAACCAAAUCUGGGGCGGACAAAUGGUCUUUCCAGCUAGUACCCGGCUGGAAGCCGUGAUUGACUUUGCGAAUCGCUUAUUGGAAACAACCAGCGGAGAUUCAGCCAUGGUUAUGGGCAUAACUCACCCGCCUUUCAUGCAGGAACUGGCCGUGAUUGCAACAGUGUUCCAUAACGGACCCGAGGUCGAGGCUUUGAAAGUAUUCAAGCCACUGCUGGACCUUGCCCCGAGAGUGAACACUGUCAAGGAACGCCCUUACAGAGAGAUGAACAGCGUAAUGAACCAUGCAGUCGACUACGGUGGCAGGAAACUAUCAAAAGGUGCAUGUUUCAAGACACCGCUGAGGGCGCCGUUUGUUCGCUCGUUGAUGGAAGAGCUGCAGCGGCUUCACUCGCAAGUCCCAGGGUCCAAAAAGUCGAUAAUGCUUUUCGAAUUCUUCCACACGGCCAAACUCAACAGCGUGGCCUCUGACGCGACGGCAUUUGCCAACCGUGGCACUCAUCAAAACCUCAUGUUUGGCCCCUUCUGGGACCGGGCUGAGGAUGAUGUUGCUGUCCGUGUCUGGGCCAGAGGAGUUGCCAAACUGGCCAAGACCGAACUCGAGCUCGCGAUCCAGGGGACCAACGAGAAGAUUGGCGAGUAUGGAAAUUACGACGCUAUGGCGGCCAAGCCCCGUGAAAUCUUUGGCAGCAACCUUGAGCGGCUUCGUGAGGUCAAGGCAGUGUACGAUCCCAACAAUGUUUUCAACAAAUCGUAUGCCUUGAUCACGCCUGCCUGA